UGCUCCCAUGGGAACAGCCCCAGGGCCUGGUGUGGACACGGAGUGAGCGGAGCCAAACCGGCUCAGACCAGCCUGGAUUCCCAUGGAUCAGCCCCAGUAGAGUUGUGCCUCCAGCUCCGCAUCCGGGAGGAUUUUCCCAGGUGGAAGGAUUAGAUCUGGUGGGAUGUCAGAGACAUCCUGAAGAACCUGGAAGAUCCAUGGAAUGAUUCCGGGCGGUUCGGAGUGCUGAACCCAGGCACAAAAACACCUGGGAGAUGGAGCAGAGCCCCAUCAUGGUGAUCCUGCUGUGCGCCCUGUGCGUUCCAGCGGCGCUUCCUUUGGGAUCGGGAAUGGAGCUUCCCUUGGGAUUGGGAUCAGAGCUUCCCUCGGGAGCAGGAUUGGAGCUUCCCUCAGGACCGGGAUCUGAGCUUCCCUUGGAACCAGGCUCGGAGCUUCCCUUGGAACCGGGCUCGGAGCUUUCCUCGGAACCGCGAUCGGGAUCAGAGCUUCCCUCAGGAGCGGGAUCAGAGGUUCCCUCAGGAUUGGGAUUGGAGCCACCCUUGGAACCGGGCUCAGAGCUUUCCUCGGAACCGGGAUCUGAGCUUCCCUCAGAACCAGGAUCGGGAUCUGAGCUUCCCUCAGAACCAGGCUCGGAGCCUCCCUCGGAACCGGGCUCGGAGCCUCCCUUGGAACCAGGAUCAGGCUCGGCUCUUCCCCCGGGAGCGGAGCUCAUCCCGCUGGGGCUGAAGGCCAUGGUGGUGGUGAACUCCACGCCCUGCAGCGUCACCUGCGGGCUGGGCGUGAGGCAGGAGCGGCUGUGCGAGGUCAGCCCGGCCGGGGAGCGCCGCAACUGCUCCCUGGUGCGCUCGCGCUGCCUCAGCGAGUGGAUCUGCGGCCUCCGGCACCUCAGCGUUCCCGAGGGAAAGCCCUUCCAGCUCACCUGCCUCUCCCCGGACGCCGCCAGCCUGGAGGGACCCAAUUUCGGCUACACCUGGAGGUUCGCCCGGGGGCUCAUCACCACCAACGACCUCCUGUUCCAUCCCUUCCGCAAUCCCAGCCCUUCCCUGAGCUUCUCGCCGGCGCUGGAGUCGCACUCCGGGACCUACCGCUGCGACGUGCAGGUGCUGAGCUCCUUCCAGCUCGUCAAGAGGAUCUACUUCGGCCUCAGGGUGAUCCCCAGGGAUCUGGUGGAUCUCGACUUCCAGAAAUCCCUGACUUGGGAGCAGCAGCUGGCGGCCAACGGGGAGGAGCCGCCGGGAAACGCCACGGGCCCCACGGAGCCGGAGCAGCGGUGGAAUUUUUGGGAGAAGCAGUGGUUUUAUGAGGUCGUGCUGGGAGCUGGGAGUGGGGUGAUCGUGGGGAUCCUGUUCAGCCUCGGGCUCUGCUGCCUGGGCAGGAUUUGCAGGAAAAGAGCAGCACAAGAAAUGAACGGAGAUUGACGCAA